AUGACAAAAAUACAUAACGAUGUCGCUUUUCAGGAACACAAAGAACAGCCUCCAGUACCAGUAUCCGAACAACCAGAAAUUCACGAACCAGCCGAACCAGAAAAAGAAGAACCUAUUGCUAAUCCAGAAGAGCCUACCCAAGAACCAGAGACCCACGAGAGCGAAGAGGAUAAGCCUGUUGAAGAGCCUGUAGAGCCAGAGAAAAAACUAGAAGAAGCUAUUGCUAACCCCAGCGAGGAAAACCAUGAACCAACUCUAGAAAAUGACAAUAAACCAAUUGAAGAACCGGCUGAACCGACAGGACAAGUAGAACCUGAACCGGCAGCUGAAUUUGAAAAUCCUGAGGUCCAGGAACCAGAAAAUCCUGAACCUAUACCUGAACCAGAAAAUCCCGAACUUAGCUAG